CAAAUGAACGCCAUUAAUUUCUCAUAGGUCGCGUAUGUUGUAUCAUCAUUACCUACAGCCGCUCAAACGGCUUCAUCAGAAACCACUGGGAACGGGUUGCCCGGGAAACGGCCGCAUGGCAACAGGAUCAGCGCCUGGGGGUUGUCUGCUUCUAGGUCUGCUCCCAUUUUACACAGCGUCUCCUCCUCACUAGAUGGUGUGCGCGCCACUGGAGAGCAGUCUGCACUUCCCCUCGCUCCGUGGGCUGACGUAGGAACCAAACAAACCCGGGAAACUAUAGCAGCACCGCCGCCACCACCACCACCACCAACCCAUCGUUUUUCUUACGGAGUAAAAACAAGAUAAAAAAAACAACAGAUUUGACGACCAGGGUUUUGCGUGCAGGUUUUUAUUGAGAACAACACUUGGGGAGACUUGGGUGCAGCAGUUCUGUGAUGGACAUCAUGUUGGCGGUGCAGGAUGCGUGCGUCUCCGGUCAGUGGCUCACCGCGAUCCUGCUCAGUGUGUGCUGCUUUCUCCCUUCAUGCUUGCCCGCUGGACAAACGGUGGACUAUUCCUCGGUGGAAAGUGUGGUGAGCAGACAAGGCGACACGGCGAUAUUGAGGUGCUACCUGUUGGACGGCAUCUCCAAAGGGGCCUGGCUGAACCGCUCCAGCAUCAUCUUCGCGGGCAGCGACAAGUGGUCGGUGGACCCGCGCGUCUCCAUCGUGUCGAGCGUGGCGGACAAACACGAGUACAGCCUGCAGAUACAGAAGGUGGACGUGACGGACGACGGCCAGUACACCUGCUCCAUCCAGAGCGAGCGCAACCUGCGGCCAAAGCACCUCAACCUCGUCGUCAAAGUUCCUCCCAAGAUAUACGACAUCUCGGCUGAUAUAACCGUGAACGAGGGCAGCAACGUGUCGCUCAUCUGCACCGCCAGUGGGAAACCCGAGCCCUCCAUUUCCUGGAGACACAUAACCCCAUCAGCUAAGAAGUACGACAGCAGUGAAUAUCUCAACAUCACCGGCAUCACCAGGGACCAGUCUGGGGACUACGAGUGCAGUGCGCUGAACGACAUCGCCUUCCCGGACACCAAGACCGUCAGAGUCACAGUUAACUUCGCUCCGUCCAUCCACGAGAUGAAGAGCCACGGGGUGGGCCUGGGCCGGACCGCCCUGCUGAGGUGUGAGGCCGCCGCCGUGCCCGUGCCCAUCUUCGAGUGGUACAAGGGGGAGAAACGAAGCAUCACCCGCAUCAUGCUCAUGUCGGUAUCCGAGGAAGAGGAGAGUGUGCACUCGGCGUACUCCCUCUUCCCGCGGAGAUUAACGUCUACCACAGUGGUCAUCAUUUCACAGCCAGUGCUUCUCUUGUCUCCCUGCCCACAGCACCCAACCACGGCACCCUAUGGGAGCACAGGAAGCGCCCAGGUUCCGCUGGCCUGCUGGUCCCUGAUCCUGGCUCUCUCCACCUUCAUCAGCGCGUACUAGCGGAGCCCCCCCCCCCCCCCCCCCCCCCCCCCCCCCCCCCCCCCCCCCCGAGUGUAUGGCCGGCCCCCAAACACAAUGACUGUAAAGAAUCCCUUUGAAAGCAUUUAUGGAAAAAUACCUAAUUCUUUUGGACCUUGGCUGAUGGCUGAAGUCCAAUCUGGUACAUUUUGUUGGAAACAAGUGUUGGGAUACAUAAUCAGCAUUACUUUGUUUCAGGAAAAUUAAUGUUUUGGUUUUUCUUUUUUCUCGUGACUUUAGUUUCACUGUGUAAAUACAAUGGUGUAUUGAUUUUGGAUUUUUUUUUCAUUGGGUUUUAUAUUCUGAUUGUUACUUUGAGUACUUUGUGAAUCAGUGCUCAUUUAACCCCCUCCCUCCCUUUCCUCAAAUCAGUUUAUUUAAUUCUGCAUCCUCCCCCCCUCUCUCUCUCUCUGUCUCUCUCGCUCUCUCUUGCUCUUGCUCUCGUUCUCUCUCUCUCACUAUUCCCCCUUUAUCUCUGUCUCACUCUAUCUUUACCCUCAACCCACGUACACACUAUAUCUAUUUGUAUUAAGUGAUGGCAACAAACAUACAUUUUCAUUUCGGUUUUUGUAAAUGGUAAAAAAAUGAAGUUAAUGUGCCAAGUUUCUUAGUACACACACAAUUAACCAUACCAAUAUUGUAUUAAGUAUUGAAUGUACAACGGAGUGUUCAGCAAAGAAAUGCCUAUAGUUAGAUACCUAUCAAUACAAAUUAUAAUUAUGCAGUGUGCUAAAAAUGAAAAAAAAAAGGAGGAGAAGUUAGUAUCGAAGGAUUCUUUUUUUGGGUUGUGAGUGUAUGUCCUUGAUUACUCACUUGAUGAAGGAAUAACUGCAACGAAUUCUUUGUAGUAUAAUAAAAAUGGAACUUUAUAGUACCGUGCCUGUUUUAAAAAUCACCAAUCAGGCAGCCGUCAUAGUAGCAAGUAUACUGUAAUAUAUGUUUAUAUUUUAAUAUGAAAUGGGCUUUUUGUUUGAAAUGGGGACCAGCUGUUCUGAUUUUAUCAAUCAAUAUGUGAUGAUGAUGAUAAUGAUGAUGAUGAUAAAGAGGAAACACAGCUCACUACUGCAACUCGAUUUACAUACUUUUCUUUUCUCACAAGUGAACUAUUAUAAACGUCCAUCUUGUUUUUAGUGGGUCCAUCUUGGUGAAUGUCACUGUAUUUAUGCUAUUGUGGCUUAGAGGAAAGUAGAGGACAAUUGUUUUAUACCAUGAAAAAAAUAACAAAGAGAAAAAAAGGUGUUCUCCAAACUGACCCCACAUGAAAUGUAUUUAAGAAUCUUUUUCGAAAACCUGCCAGUUUCGACUGGGUGUUUUGUUUGGGACAUGAACACAUCUACCGGGUGGGGCCUGAAACUCUGGCUCAGGAGUCUGAUGGGCGGGGCAUCCCAGGGGCUGUCUCCAGCCAUGCGUGUUGCUUAGCGACACUUGUGUCUGUUAGUGACGCCCACUUUUCCAACCGACUGUGUCGACCUAGAAGUCCAAAACGUGUUUAACGCACGAUUUUGUUCAAUCUGUUUCAUUCAACGUAUCCAAUUCUGUAUUGCCAACUGUAUCGCUAAGUGUCACUUUAAAAAGUUCAAGUUCAAAAAAAACAAUUCCUACCCAUAAAAACAUCUUCAAAUCAGCAAGUGGUGCAUCCCCGUGGGCCCGGUCGAUGAGUGGUCCACUACAGAACAGAAAUACCCCCCCCCCCAAAAGAAUUCUCCUUGUUCUGAGAGUAGGAUUUGUACGGACGUGGAGACUGGGAGUUGUGCAGCCUGAAAGCUUGAACCCACUCUCGGACUCGCCACCCAGCCAUAACAGGAGUUGAAUGCACCAUUGUGUUUUAUAGUCAUUACAUACCGCUGUAUGAAUAGAUGGCCGAGUCCCAACGACCCCUGCGCUAAUUAGGAUCAAGUGUGUGGUCUUUUGACCAAUCAAAACCAUGGCUUUUCAAACAUAUCGGGGGGGGGGGGGGGGGGGGGGGAAGGGGGUCAGGGUGGUGGAAGCUGAGUGUCAGUGUGUACAGGAUUAGCUUUUUAAAAAAAAACACUACAAAAUAAACAUCAUACUCAUCCAUGUGUAUCUUUAAUCUGCGAUACGAGAAGAUACUAUAUUGCCUUAAUAGAACCAUAAACAUAAAAUGAACCUCCACUGCCAGAAGGAUAUUUGUGUUUUUUAAAAGAACAACCUUUCUCGAGUGGAGCUCAACAACAACAACACACACACACACACACACACACACACACACACAACAACACACACACAUAAACGCGUCUCAUUCAUUGAAUGACAUUGAGUAUUUCAAUUGAACAAAAAAACAACUAUAUCAGCUCCCUUAUCUUCCAGUUCCCGGUAUCGCAUUGAAUAUGUAGUACCGUGAAUUGACAUAAUAGGCAAACAGGUAUUUACAAAUAAGCCAGAUGAAGAUGCUGUAUAUAACCUCCAUGGGGACGUUUAAACUUCUCAAAGGUUGGAGCUUUUUAUUUCUUCCUUUAGGUCAUGUCGACAUGUAUCACCUUCCAGUCAAGGGAUUUAGAGUCAUGGAAAGUGACUGACAUUCAAACAAGAUCACAACCUUGUUACUGCAAACCCAUAGAAGUAUAGCCAUCGCAGUGGAACUCUGAAAGCACAAAAAUCUCUCUUAAUUUUGAAGUUAUGUGGUGGUGAAUUAAAAAGGUCUGUUGAGCGAUUAUAAUUUUUUUUAUUUGCCUUUUGUAUUUAUUUUUUUUGUAUGGGAAUUGCUGAUCAGCUUGUUUUUGUUUAGUUUCUUUAUCGAAUGAUCAAAAAUAUUGCAGCGUAUGGUCUUGUUUAGAUGUUAAGGUGUAUUAAAAAUGGGUCAGACGUGUAUUUAUUCUCUUCCUUUGUGAAAACAAUGUAAAGGAAAACACACCUGCAACGUGUAACACUGAAUAUAUAUAAAUAUAUAUCAUUUAUUUUAAUGAGGCACAGUACAGGCAUACUUUACAAUGUUGUCGGGGUCAUUUAGAUGCCAUAAAUGUCAUUAUAAUUAUUAUGAUUUUGUUUGAUAUCUUUUGCAACUGAAUAGAUCAAAAAGAACAAUGUUUGCAAUCUAACUAUCUACUUUUUGAAGCAGAGACGGUGUGAGCCGAUAUAACAGUAUUAUAGAACAGAUGUGUGUGUAUAUUUGGAGAAAAAAAAAGAAGAUUAGGGUACCUUUUGAUCCGUAGAGAUCCGGUGUGUGUUGUAUUUGUUUCUUUCCCCACACACUCGCGUGUUUGACAAUGUGCAGAGAGUAUGGUCGUGCUGCAUGUCAAAAAAAAAGUUAACCUGUGUUUUUAAGAUGGCCAUUUUACAAAUAAUCGACACUUUUAUGAAUGGAACCAGUUGUCACUAUUUGUAUUUAAUUUUACUUUGGGUUCUAGAGCUUAGAUUCAUAUUUCCUCCUACAGCUCACCAUUACUCUGUAUUUUGGUCUGAAUCGACUUAACAAUGAAGGGAACACAAAAUCCGCUCAUGUUGGGAGUCAUGAUGGUUCUUUUCUGUGGCACAUUUUGGUGACAGCAUGGCGCGUGAUGUUGGUUGCUUGUCAAAAGAGGUUGAGGCCAUGCUAGUAUUCCGUAUGAAAUGUACAGGAUGUUCAUUACUUUGAAUAAUGGUAUUAACAAGUCCCUUUUAUCGAAUCACUAUUAUUUGCAAUAAAAGUAUUCAUGUUAUAAUA